AUGUCACAAAUGGGUAUCCCAAAUACCCAGGUUUAUGCCACAACACAUGCAACAACAAUGACAAAAUUGGUAUUGUCCUUCCCCUCUCUCUCCCCCCUCCCCCCAAAUCAUCAUCAUCAAAGCCACAAACACCCAUUUUCAUUUUCAUUUUCUGCACUCGCGCUCAGAAAGGGAGUGUUGGUACGACCUGGUGGUCGUGACGACGGCGAAUACGGGAUUCUGAUCACCCUCUGUUGGGGUAACUAAAUCGGUGUAUUCAUUUGUUCGUGAAGAGUAAAGGUAGAGAGAGGUGGUACUCUACGAGCUUAAGUAUGUGAGUGGCAAGCCACUCACAUGACACCAAGCAUGUAGAACCACCAGGCUCUCGUACGAGGUGCUAAUCACUAUAAUUAUAUACCGACAGGGAGAAAGGAAAGUACUGUAAGAGCCCCAAACACCGGUAUAUGUAACGCCAUCGCCAAUGCCUACGCGAAGCAAAGAAAAGAAAAAACAAAAACAAAACAAAGUCUAUAGCCGGUGCACCCAACUCAUCCACUGGAAGUCCACCAACUUCAACGGAAAGAAAACAGAGGAAGGGAAGAGAUUUAGAAAUCCUCCUUCUCAUCGAUGACGACACCCCAUUCGUGGUCUUCCUUGCCGUACAUGAUGUUCAUCAACCAGGUCUUGAUGAGAUGUGCGUACUCCCCGCUAUCGCCCCGGGCCAUGGGGAUAGUGUAGUCUACGUCUUUGUAGCCGAUAGCGCAGACGGGAGCAACGAAGAACUAUCCAGAUGUCAGUUCAAGCGCGGGAUCAUAUUGGAAGGUAGAAGGGAAACUCACAGCAGUCCCCGCCCCAAAGGCCUCAACCAUCCUCCCCUCCUUAACAGCCUCAACGACUUCCUCCAUCGUGAAUCUCCUCUCUACAAUCUCCAAGGCCUCCAGUCCCUCUAA